CCGUCCAGGGUUGAUUUUGAGGUGAAUGUAAAAUUGAUGAGUUUGUUUAAGGCGGGUGGGGGUAGGGACAAAAUUCUUUUAGUGCGGGAUCAUUUCAGAACGAAUGUUGUUAUAGCAUCGUCGGAAUUCCGGACAUUUGCGCAUGGACCCAAACUUGGACACAGAGUGGAAUGAUGUACUCCGAGCAAAGGGCAUCUUGCCUCCAAAGGAAGAAAAGGAGAUUACAGAAGAAGACCUCAUCAAGAUGGUCGAAAGCACCAUAGAAAAUAAAUCCAAAGGUCGUAAUAUGGGAGAAAUGAGCCUUGAUGAUCUCAAUGAACUCGAGGACAAUGUUGAUGAAGAAGAGGAGAGAAUAUUUGAACAGUACCGUCGACAAAGACUGGCAGAAAUGCAUGCAGCUCAACAAAGAAGCAAGUUUGGUGAAGUCCGUGAAAUAAGCAAAUCCGAUUGGGUAACAGAAGUGAACAAAGCAGGAGAAGGGAUAUGGGUUGUAAUUCACGUAUAUAAGGAAGGAAUUCCAUUAUGUAAACUUUUGAAUCAGCAUUUAUCAAACCUGGCACAGAAAUUCCCGGAGACAAAAUUCCUACGUAGUGUGUCGUCAUUGUGUAUACCAAACUAUCCUGAUAAGAACUUACCAACAAUAUUUGUCUACAAAGAAGGGGAGAUGAAAAAACAGUUUGUUGGGCCUCUUGCAUUUGGCGGCAUGAACUUGAAGAAAGAUGAACUCGAGUGGAUGCUAUCUCAGACAGGGGCAAUCAACACUGACCUUGAGGAGGCGCCGAGGCCUGAGGUGAAGGACGUUAUGAACAUCGCCAUACGAGACAGUGCAAUAAACAGAGGGGAUGAUGAUGACGAUGAUUACUGAGAACGUGAAAUGUGAACAUUGUUUUAAUAUUUGAUGGUGGAUAAAGACUAUGUUAGCCUUGCUAUGGGGAAAAUGGGCUUCAUGCAUGUGCGUACAGUGUCGUCCUAGAUUAGCCUGUGCAGUCUGCAUAGGCUAAUCAGGAAUGAUACUUUUCGACUAAACUGGAUAGUUGUUCAGAAGAGACUUCUUUUAAAAAGAAAAUACAGUUGAAGUUGAAAGUGAUGUCCCAGUAAGUCUGUGCUGUCUGCACAGACUAAUUGGGGACAAUACUUGACGCACAUGCAUAAAGCCCAGUUUUACCACAACAUGGCUCUUUGGAAAAAGGAUAACUUAUCAUCCUCAUGACUGCAACAUGCUGAGAGCCUUUAAGACAUUUUAAGCUGAUGUUGAUGAUAUAGGCAUUUCAAAUAUCUCAGAAGGUCACCAUGACGUAGUGGAUAUGGUGUCCGCCUAGCAAUCUGGAGGUCCCAGGUUCUAUCCCCACUUUAGAAUGCAUAAGAUCUCCCCCAAAGACACCAAGUACUGGUUCUAGGCCCAGGAAACAGACUCGAGAGCGAUUAAAUAAGCCUUAGGCUUAUGAUGAAAUCAACUUAAAAUAAAUAGGUUUAAACUAAAUAUCUGACCAAUUCAACAUGGAUUUAACAUUGUUCAUGUUUUAUAUUGUCGAUUACAAAAGCUGUAUCUAUUUUUCAACAGGCAGCAGGUCAUUAUGUUUAUGUUGAGUUCCAUUAACUAAGAAGUACAUUUAGAAUACAAAUAUUCUUUUAUGUAUAUAUACACUUAAAACACUUACUAUACACUUAAAAUACGUUUUUUACAAGUCUUGUAAAGGCUAAAUAAUAACAAAAAAUCUAUGCAAUAUUUAGUAAUCUGUGCACUAGAAUAUUAAAAUGUAUUUACUUUCAUUUACAAUCUUGGCAACGUUUUUAUCAACUGAUCGAAAUCAACAUGAAAUGGACAUCUAAAUUAGCAAAAGAUAUAAACAUAAAUAAACAUUGGUACAAUUAUAAUACCUUAGUAAUUGUUUAUGUAUGCUUAUCCUAGAGAUCAAAAUAAACGUUGCAAUAUUAGCCAAUAAUGUUUUUUCUUCUAACUCGGCCAUUAUAAAUAUAAACCCUUAUAAAUCUUGUGUACUUACGUGCAGUUAAAUACUUUCAUAAACUUUUUUCUGGUGCAAUUUAAUGUGCACAAUAAUAGAGUUUGGCUAUAACAAUUAUGAUAAUUUCUUUACACUCUUUGUGGAGUUACAUAUAUUGCAUAACACUUCGUUGGAGUGUGGACUUAAAAAAGCAAUUUAACUUUUAUGUAUUGAAUAUUUUUAACAGUUUUUUAGAUACUUUUGUGAUCUGAGAUAUUUGUGUUAUGUGAUUGCUAAAUUCAAUAAUGUAUCUGUUUGCUUGUUUGUGACUUAUUUGUUAGUUCUUUGCAUAUUCCUUGAUGUUACUGAAGGCAUGUUGGUGUGAAAGAAAAUUAAUUAUUAAAUCACUAAUACCAUU